GCAUAAUUAAUAAUGAUGCAUGCAAUGCCCUUAAUCACUCUCCAUUUCACUGAUCUACCUCAGUUAAACCCAUUUUAUCUCUUUCGUUAAUUAAUACACUCCCCAACAGAUUCACACACUUUUCUUCUUCCUCUUCUUCUUCUCACAACUUCACUCUAAACAAACCCAUUCUUCACUUCUCAUUUCCACAGAUCCACAACAACCCUCUUUUUUCUCUCUCUAACACUUUUUCUCUCUCCAAAAUGUUUCGGGUCAAAGUUCUUACGAUUCUGUUGCUGAUGAUGAUAUCUCUGAACACAGAAGCUUCUGUCCAUAAUUACAGAGGUGAGAGUUUCUCUGCCAAAGGUAACGCCUUUGUCGUCCAUGGAGGCAGCGAGGGAAUUUACUCUUCUGCCCCCAAUUUCAAUGACACUUCAUUCUCACCCUCAAAUGGCGACUCUUUCAUAAGGUUUGAUAAAGUCACAUUCCGAAGAAACAAGGAAUUAGCAAACUUCAGCUCAUGGCCGAUUCAAGCUGUUGUUUUUGAAGUAGAAGAUAGAGAGACAAUUGGUGGUUCGGCCUACGGGGGUCAAAGGGCUGUCUGUUGCACUGGUGAUCUGGCAAAACUCGGCGUGUGCAAUGAAGGACAGGUCAUUCAUCGCCCUUCUGCGGUGAAUCCAGAUUGGCCUCUAGUUUACGGUGUCACUUUUGAUACGGAUGAUGAAGUAGCAGAGCUGCCGUUGAAAUCUAUACAGAUCACAAAAACUGGGAUGUAUAAUCUGUAUUUCAUUCAUUGUGAUACAAGGCUUAAGGAAUUGGUUGUAGAAGGGAAAACUGUAUGGAAGAAUCCUUCCAGUUAUCUUCCCGGUAGAAUGGCGCCGAUGAAAAUUUUCUUCCAGUUCAUGUCUUUUGCAUAUGUGUUGCUUGGUAUCUUUUGGUUCUUUCAAUAUGUUAGAUUUUGGAGGGAAGUAUUCCCACUGCAGAACUGCAUAACGCUAGUGAUAACACUCGGCAUGUUUGAGAUGGCUCUAUGGUACUUCGACUAUGCUGAAUUUAGCGAGACAGGAACCAGGCCAACCGGGACAACCAUAUGGGCCGUCACCUUUGGAACUGUUAAAAGAACAGUGGCACGGUUGAUCAUUUUAAUCGUUUCGAUGGGCUAUGGUGUUGUGAGACCUACCCUCGGAGGCCUUACAUCGAAGGUGGUUAUGCUCGGUGGAACCUUCUUUGUUGCAUCUGAAGUGCUUGAAAUGGUUGAACAUGUCGGUGCAAUAAGCGAUCUUUCUGGAAAAGCAAAACUUUUUUUGGUUCUUCCUGCCGCAGUAUUAGAUGUGUUCUUCAUUCUUUGGAUUUUCACUUCACUGUCUGCAACUUUAAAUAAGCUUCAGGCCAGAAGGAUGAUGAUAAAAUUGGAUAUGUAUAGGAAGUUCACCAAUGCUUUGGCAGUAGCUGUUGUUGUAUCUGUGGGAUGGAUAUGUUAUGAGCUGUAUUUCAAAUCAAAUGAUAUAUACAAUGAGCAAUGGCAAAAUGCUUGGAUCAUCCCAGCCUUUUGGCAAGUUCUGUCUUACUCUCUCCUGUGUGUCAUCUGUGUUCUCUGGGCACCAUCUCAAAAUUCCACACGAUAUGCUUAUCGUGAUGACGGGAGCGAAGAGUUUGAUAGGGACGAUACUACUUUGACGCUCAUAAAACCAUCGACAAUUUCAGCAAAGGAUGUUAGAAGUGUGCCAGAUGCUAGACCACUAGUACAAGGCAGCAAUGGAAAUUCAAAUGAUGAUUUAGAAGAAGAUAAAAGAGAAUAAGCUAGAAUAUAACUCUGUUUCUGUAAUGUCGUUGUAUCAUUAGCUUAAUAACCCUUUUCUUUUACUGAAAAUUAGCUCUAUAAUGACUCUUUUUCUUUUAUUUAAUUUUUUAUUUUUCUCAUUAGUCUUCUUUGUUCUUAAUCUGUUUUCAUUUUUGGCAGUUACUUGUGAGUUUGGAUUCCAUGAUAAGAGUAUAGUUCAGUCAAGUUUAUUGAUACAAAGGAAUUUGUCUUCAGUUA